AAUUCCCAGGCAAUUCCCUCAUUCAUAUGGCGUAUUUAUGUCGUAAUUGGGCCGUGGGUAUUUACGGAAAUCGCGUCACUUUUCACCUAGAAUUCGCAAUAAUUAAAGUGUCUCAUUUGUUUCUCUUUCUCUCGGCGAAGAAGCUUUCAUUAAUUUCCCAUGGGAAUUAUGUUAACUCAUCAUCAUGAACAAAAAUGGGCCACCACCUUCCUAUGAUCAGCCCCCACCAUCAGCACCACCGAGCUACUUCCAGAGUGUAGGAGGUGUUCUACCUGCCAGCCCAUACACUCCAGCACCAACAUAUGCUCAGGGACCUCCCAUCGUGACGACAAUAGUGCCAUUGGGAUCUGGGCCCACCCACACUAUCUGUCCCCACUGUCACGUCGAGAUUGAAACAGCUACGAAAUCAGAGCCUGGAAUGAUUGCAUACGUCUCAGGUGUUGUCAUUGCAUUGCUCGGAUGUUUUUUCGGUUGCUGUCUGAUUCCCUGUUGCAUUGACGAAUGCAUGGACAUCCACCACACCUGUCCCAACUGCAAGGCGUACCUAGGAAAGCACGCGAGAUAGAGUAAUUUUAAAGGCCCAAUUUCUCACGGAAUGCACAAGAGUAAAGCCACAACACUACCACUGUAGUAUCUUCCACAACAAGCAGCAACUCUUGACACAAUUCGAAUACCGCAACUAUUUUAAUUAAUGAGUAGUUAGAGAUUAAAUUUAUUGACAGGUAAUUGUUUCACUUGUGCAGCUGUUAACCGUCCCAAAGGCCAUAUCAGGGAUUUUUGAGGAGGAAAGUUACUCGGAGAUCAUAUUAUAACUCAAAAAAAAAAAUUGUAAUACGAAGUCUGGAAGAUUUAUUUAUACAAUUUUUUUUUAUUAAGACGCUAUUGUUCAGUUGGAACAAAAUUAUGGAAUAGAUAAUUGAAGAAUCUCAGUGCCUUUGUCAAUUGACUAAUUGAUGUAUGACAGGGGAAUUUUGGAAGGAUUUUUCCUCUCUAGGAGGUGAACGAGAUCUUGAAGAUCUUCAACGACGAACGAUAUUUAAUUCAUUAAUUAUUAUACCACGAACUCGGGGUUUAUUUUCACAUUGUAUCUACGCAGACAAUCAAUGCGCUUUAUCAAUUGUUUUCAUUAAUGUGUUAACACAAAUAAGAAGUAUUUAUAUCGAGUAUUUCGAAUUGAUGGAGUGUAAUAAAUUUUUGAUUAUGUGUAAAUAA